GUGUGUGCGCGAAGGGAGGGUGAGUGGCCAUUUCAAACUCCCUGGCGCACAUAAUUCCUUUAAUCAACAGGCAUCUGAAAGUUCUUUCCUCUUGCAAAAACAUCCUCCUGCAAAUGAUCUCAGCUUUCCUCUCCCAGUUCAGAAUGACUCCAGCAUGCUUUACUCCCAGUCGUUAGUGGCUACAAAAACAAAUUCAUGCAAUUAGUGUAAUAAUAAGUACAUCAUUAGGGUUACUUUAAGACAGGGGCAAAACAACAUAAUCUUUUCUCCACACACGUACACACGGAAAAUGCCGAGCACAUGUAAAGGAUGGCACCAUUGUACUCUCCCACAAACUCCUGAUGAGUUGUCUCAAGCAAGAUUUAUCAUCACCAAAGCAGCACAAGAAGAGUUUUUCUCGAGUGAAAUUGCAGAUCUCUCUCGCACACAGUCGGUGUCCAGAAACAGUACACUUAAUAAACUCAACCCAGUCCUUAAAGGACAUCUGAUUUGUGUUGGCGGAAGGCUAAAACACGCGGACAUAAGUGCAGCAGAGAGGAACCCUAUCAUCUUGCCUAAGGACAGUCACAUCUCCCUGCUUUUAGUAAGACAAUGCCAUGAGCGGGUAAAACAUCAAGGCCGCCACUUUACUGAAGGGGCCCUCAGAGCAGCAGGUUACUGGGUCAUAGGCGGAAAGCGGCUCAUCGCUUCAGUCUUGCACAAAUGUGUUGUAUGUCGUCAGUUGCGCCGCAAAGUCGAUGGACAGCUGAUGGCUGACUUACCCCCAGAGCGCUUAUACAUAUCUCCACCCUUUACAUAUGUUGGAGUUGACGUGUUCGGACCUUGGCCAGUUGUUUCCAGACGCACAAGAGGAGGCCAGGCCCAAAGCAAACGAUGGGCUAUGCUAUUCUGCUGCAUGAGUUCACGGGCCGUGCACAUUGAGAUCAUUGCAUCUUUGGAUACAUCCAGCUGCAUUAAUGCACUGAGGCGGUUCUUUGCCAUACGUGGACCGGCAAAGCAGAUAAGAUCAGACUGUGGAACAAACUUUGUGGCAGCUGCAAAGGAAUUGGGAUUGAGUCACAAAGAUCCAGAUGUCACAGUGCAAAGGUUCUUGAAUGAACAGAACUGUUCGUGGGUUUUCAACCCCCCACAUGCGUCCCAUAUGGGAGGGUCUUGGGAACGGCUUAUAGGUCUGUCAAGACGUAUCCUAGAUGGUAUCCUGCUCAAACAAAACGUUCAGCUUACCCACGACGUCUUAUGCACUCUAAUGAUGGAAGUGGUGGCAGUUAUCAAUGCUAGACCUCUUGUCCCAGUCUCUGCUGACCCAGAGUCACCUUCCAUAUUGUCACCAGCCAUGAUUCUUACUCAGAAAGUAGGAGUUUCCCCACCUCGAGGAGAGUUUACAAAGAAGGAUCUCUACAGCAUACAGUGGAGACAGGUGCAAGCCCUCGCCGACGAGUUCUGGCGCCGCUGGCGUCGGGAGUACCUUCCCACCCUACAGACCCGAAGGAAGUGGACAGACACAAAAAGAGAUCUGAAAGUAGGAGACAUCGUGCUCCUCAAGGACUGCCGAGCUGCACGCAACAAGUGGCCUAUGGCGAAGAUCACUGCUGUCUUUCCAGGAAGAGAUGGCAGAGUCAGAGAAGUCCAGAUAAAGAUGUCAGAUCAAGGCUCUUUAAAGUCUUUUCAGAGACCGAUUACAGAAGUAGUACUUCUUUUGCCAAUAGAUUAAAUAGAAAGGUUAGAGAUGGUUAUAGUGACCUAAUAAGGUCAGGCGGGGAGUGUUCUGCCUUUCAGGCAUCUUAGUUCAGUUUGUUAAAGGGAGUUUUAUUUUGACAGGCAUGCUUUUAUUUUGACACUACAAACUGCAAUAGAGCAGGAAGG